ACCGAGAAUUCAAAGGACGCCAAAACCGACUCCUAUCUGAUAAAUGUCACACAAUUGCAUACAUUUGACGAUUUGGUCGAUAACAAGAAACUCAAUAACUUGAACAUUAAGGACAACUCUCGACCCAUUAAUAACACACAAAUGUCUUAUAAAGUGAACGCAUCGUUAAGUGAAUACACCAUUAAAGACUUGAAACAGUUUACGAUGUAUGAGAUCCAGAUGUCGGCCGUAAAUAAGUUUGGAGACAGUUUGCCAACCGAUCCAAUCCGUGCGCUAACAUUAGCCCCAGAAUCGGAUACACAAAAAAUACCCAAAUCAAUUAAAACUGAUCCCAAACUCCCGAAUAUUAGAAAGUGUUGUGAAAACAAUGGCGUGGUUUUGGACCGUUGUCUUAACACACUAUGCGAUCCGACACAAGCGGAUACGGCCAGUCUGUCUGAUCUAAUGAUUUGUGCGCCAUGGGCAAACGUUACGUUCAAAUGCAUGUCAAUGGAGACGACAGAAGAGGGAUUCACUGAUCACUCCAAUUGCUGCGAACAAAGAGGUGUUUCACCC